UUGACAGUAGAAAUAACAUAUUGUAUAGUUGAUCUUUCGUACUUCAUUUUUGUUUCACUCAAAGGAGGAACUCUUAGAAAAACAAAAGUUGACAUGCUUAAACUAAGCAUUUUGUUGGUGAUCGUGCCAGCAUUAUGUCUUGGAUUUGAGUUGAGAAACCACAAUACUAAGGAAGUUGCUGCAGCAUUGGACGAGAUCAAUACGGAAUGUCCAGAUAUCACACGUAUCUAUUCCGUCGGCGAGUCGGUCCAACAUCGUCCUCUGAAAGUGAUUGAAUUCUCUACCUCACCAGGAGAACAUGUCAUAGGUGUUCCAGAGUUUAAAUAUGUGGCAAACAUGCAUGGAAAUGAGGUGGUAGGACGUGAGAUGCUGCUGAAACUUGGUAUGUACAUGUGUGAACAGUACAAGAAAGGCAACGAGACUAUUACAUGGCUCAUCCAUCACACCCGCAUUCAUCUUAUGCCUACCAUGAACCCUGACGGAUGGGAGGCAGCUAACAGUGGCCCCCUAGAUAAGAAUGGUCAACGUAACUGGCUAACAGGACGGUCAAAUGGAAAUAAUGUUGACUUGAACAGGAACUUCCCAGAUUUAGACCCCGCACUUCAUCGAGGUGACGGUCCUAACAACCACGUUAAAAGUGAAAAAGAGGCUCUGAAGACUCCUAAUCUGCAGCCAGAGACCAUUGAACUGAUUCGUUACAUCACAGAGAACCCAUUUGUUCUGUCUGCCAACCUACACGGUGGGGACUUGGUAGCCAACUAUCCAUUUGAUGAAAGUUUUCGUAAAGGAGUAUCACAAUAUGCAGGCUCCCCUGAUGAUGAAACUUUCAGAUACCUGGCUAAGAGCUAUUCCCUUUACCACACACUGAUGGCAAAAGAUCACCCCACGUGUGAUAUGUCAGGGGACGAUGACUUCGCCAAGCAGGGAGGGAUCACCAAUGGAGCAGCCUGGUACUCAGUUGCAGGAGGUAUGCAAGACUUUAAUUAUGCUGCUAGCAAUUGUUUUGAGAUUACUGUGGAACUGGGUUGUGACAAAUUUCCCAAGGACGAGAAGGAGUAUUGGAUUCAGAACAAGGAAGCACUGGUGAAUUUUAUGUUACAGACACACAUUGGCGUGAAGGGAGUUGUAAAAGAUGGCGAGACCAUGAAACCGCUGGAGGAUGUAGCCAUUAAAGUUUACAAAUACACACCCGAGACCAGGAAAGGCUGGACCUACAUUGAUCACGACAUCACUACCUUCAAGGGUGGUGACUACUAUCGGCUGUUGGUCAGUGGUGACUACAUGAUAAAAGCUGUAAAACCUGGAUACGUCAGCCAGAAUCAGAGGGUUGUUGUGGAUAACCAGCCUCUGCAUGAAGCUCUAAAGCUGGACUUCAUUCUUAUGCCAGAGAGGUCCAGUGGAAAGAUGGCAAUGAGUUUCGGAAGAUUCGGAAGUGGAAGGAAUGGCCUGAAAAACAAGUUCAGUGGAAUGACGGAGAAUGAGUAUGCGGAUUAUCUCGAGCGACUUGAGAGGGUCCUCGAAGAUCGAAUGUACCAGAGUUAACUGUACACAACAGCUAAUGUUUGGGCAAUUGUUUAGUCUGCCUUUGGAGGAAAAUAUAGCAUCAGGUGAUAUACUAAAAAAAUUUGGCCAUCUUGGGAAAAGGUCAUAUCAAAAUGUUUUCAAUGAUUACUGAACUGGUUGUCCUUGUAUAGAAAUAUUUACAAAAUUUCUAAAUUGAAAGGAAAUCUUUAUGAAGUAAGGAUGUAACAUUAAUCAUUAUGAUGAAAAAGAACUGUAAUAGCUUCAUUUUUCAUGCUAUGACAGAGAAGUUUAGAAACAUUUUCUGAUUUGUCAUUUGUGUCUUUCAUGAAAUCAACUGAAAGUACUUAAAUUCCACCACAAAUACAUUCCAUCAUUUCCUAGUCUGAAACGGCAGCGAAAGACAUUUCAUUUGAAUUGUUUUGUGCGAUGAUUGACAUUUCUCCGUAUAAACAAUCAUACACUGGAGUAGUAUACAUUUAAAAUGGGCAUAAAUGAUUCAUUGUGUCACAAGAAAUUUGUUUGCUUAAAUCUCUUUGAGAUUUGUAUGUUUAAAUUUGCAUCACAGGAUCAAUUCAAAACAUAGCAAAGAUUUGUGGAAUUUUACUUCUUAUGGUUUAUUUGAUGAAGGAAUACAACUUGAUGACGAAACAAACAACACAUUCCCAUCAUAAUCUUAAAUGGCAUUGUGAUUAGAUGUUAAUUAGAACUAACACUGCAUUAAAUAAUCACAAAUAAAGAUGAACAAACUGACAAAAACCGCACCAAAAUGGUUUCAGAAUUUAAUGAUAUAUAUAUAUAUAGGCCAGUAUUAUGAAAUUAUCCAAUUUACUGGCUUAUUUGACCCCCUUUUCUAUAGACUGACCCCCUGGGCUUCCCUUUUUUUAUAAGGACUGAACCCCAGGGAUUCGUACAGGUAAAUUGUAUGGUAAUUAUACAGUAUUACCUAAGUUUCUGGUAAAUGCAAUAGCCCGGUAUAUGAUAAAUCUAUUACCCAGGUAAAUGGUGACCUAAUUACCCAAAGGAAUGAUAAUAUAUUACCCUGGUAAAUGGUGAAUGUAUUACCCUAAGAAACAAUAAUAUAUUACCCUGGUAUGUGGUCACUUGUAUUAUCCAGGUAAAUGGCAACCAUAUUACCCAAAGAAAUGGUAAUAAAUUACCCUGGUAUGUCUUCAUUCUUAUUACUUAAGUUAAUAGCAAUUACGUUGUAUUUAUAAAUGUAUUAUCUAGUCUGUUAAAAAGGCAAACGAUUUGAAAAUGCUUUCCCAACACAUUAAAGGAAUCUGUAUUGGUAGGAAAACUCUCAGGCCAAUAUUUUUGUCUCAUGUCAUCAAGUUAUAAAGUGUGAGUUGUUGUGAAAUGCUGCUAUUUAAUUAUGUAGUCAAGGAGCAAAGAUAUACACCAUUGUAUACUACCUUGACACGGAUGAUUUUUUUUUAUUUUAUUUUAAAAUUUUUAUUAAGAAACCCAAGGGAGGUACAUUGCUACUAUUUUGUUAAUCUUUUCAACUGUUUUCUUAGUUAUACAGGGUAUAUUUUUAAUUUUUUUUCUGGCAGUUUUUAAUCUGCUGUCAAUCUACAUGUGGUUAAAAUCUUGGCAUGUGGAUGUACAUGUACAUGUAUGUUACAGUUUUUAUACAUUUCUUACUUAUAAAAAGGCAGUCGCAAAUACUUAAUUGACAAUCUAGGUUUUUAAGCCUGUCACUCAAAAAAAACCACCUUUUUUUAAAUAAAUGAAAUUUAAAACACAUUGUGAUCAUCUUGAGAGUUUCAGCAAACUCCUUCAGUUUUGAUUGUCUUUAAAAUCCCAGGUACAUCAGAAGGUUGUAUACUGUAAUAUAAAGGUAGAAUUGUUAUGAAAAUAGCUUCAAUUGUUGUAUGGAGAUAAAAGUGCAAUAAAUAUAUUUUAUUCUAAUAUCAUGUUAUGGAUUUGAUAGUAUAGUUGUAAGAAGUUCAGUUGUAAUUUCGAGAUGCUAGAAACUUUACUGUAAUUAACAAAUAAAGGUUGAAUACAGUACAGAUAUAUUUGUGAUAAAGGGAGGAGUUUUACCAUGUUGAUAUUUAUGAUCUAGCUUGUUUAGCUUUACAGCGGUAAAUUAGUUAUUGAAGUUUUGCAAAUUCUGGAAUGUUAAAUCAAUCUGACAAGGUCAAAUAUUUCUUCAAUUGAAAUCAAGAUAUUGGAAGAUACAAUCUCAAAAGUAAUUGAAGAGACUUAAAAUCUCAAAUUUAGGCCCUUUCAGUAAUGAAGAGACUUGAAAUCUCAAAAUUUGGACCCUUUCAGUAAUGAAGAGACUUAAAAUCUCAAAAUUUGGACCCUUUCAGCAAUGAAGAGACUUCUGACAGAUUGACCAGCCACAAUAAAAUGUAUCCCCAGGAUUUUUCUUUACAGAAUUUGAUGUUAAAAUACUGACAUACCCACAAUGAUAUUGUAAUUCACAGUUGAUAAUUACUCAAUUUUCCAAAAUUACAUAACUUUCUGGUAGAUCUUUGCACAGCUUACAACUCAAUACUUAUUGAACUGUAAUGAUGUUACCGAUGAAUGUUGUUAAGUUUCAGUGAUUAAUGGUUGUUCAGAGUUGUUGAUCAAAUGCAUGCUCUUUCUUGUUGUAACGUCACAAAUAGUUCAUUAAUAUCUAUAUAUUUGUGUGUACUCAAUGUAUAACUGUGAACCAUUAGAAAUAUUUCAUGAGAAGGAAAAGGUCCCAUAUAUCUGAUAGAUGGUAAUUUCUGUAUGAAAAUCUACACAUUGACUAAAGAAAAAUCAUUAAUGUAAUUUUGCCUAACCAGACUGGUAUGGCAGAGAAUUUUUUUAAGAAAUCCUGAGCAUCUAACCAUUGCAAAAUUCACUUGCACAAUUUUGUGCAAUUUACUAUUCCACCUUCUUCUGUGCACCUUUUCUUCCUUUGCAAAUCAUUGUGGGGCUAACUAGAGAGGAAAAAAAUAUAAUUUUUUGUUUUUCAAAUGUAAAGUAGGAAGAACCAUAGAUGUAUUCUGCGAAGCAAAAAUGUUUUCCUCUUCAUAUUAAGAUAUUACUCUGAUGAAAGGGACCACAUUGAACCCCCAAAUCAAUAGUGCCAUUUUACCAGAUUUCAGUAAAGAAUGCUACGUUUUUUUAGGAUUUACUUUUAUAAUUAUUUAGAUCUAACUAAAGGUUUUUGUCACAAUUUUUAGAUCACCUGAGACAUUGUCUCCGUGUGACCUAGUGCAAUCCCGUUUUGUUCCGCAUCAUGCGUUGUAUCAUUUUAUCUGCUAUUUUAAGUGCAAAAGAAAUAUCAGGUGUACAACAGUCGUGUUUUAUACAAUUUUGUACAUUUACGAUUACAUUGAUGUAUUCUGUAAGUACCAAAUUUACAUUUACAUACAACUUGCUUUGAACAAAUGCAUCAAAUUGGUAUCAAAUAGGAACAAAUACAGAUGAGACCUGAUGAGAUCAGCACAAGUUAUGUCUUAAUAUAAAUAUCUUAAUUAUUUUUUGGUAUGUAUUUUAUCCUGUUGGUAUAUUUCUUUUGAGUGCUUAUCCAACAUCUGUCAACAAGUUUCCCAAAAUCAAACAUUUCCUCACAGUUAAUGUCAUCUGUUCUUUUUACCCACCUUAAUAGAAAUGAUGUAUCACCACUGACAAGGUAUUAAAGUAUCUCUGCUAGUAUUACCAAAGAUUAAAUUAUCACUUUUGUGAUAAACGUAGUGCUGUUUUGACUAAUUAACAUCCAAUUAAGUGUUUUUACAUCAUUUCUAUACUUUCAGAACUACAUCGGAAGAAAAAAAUCUAAAUUUUCAAAAUUUUUAUUUAUUUUGUUGAAGUAGUUGUGUUGUUGUCUGUUACAAUCUAAUAAAAUCUCCC